CGCGCCUGCGCUGAUAUUCUCCGUUAUUUGUGCGGUCUGUCGGCAGCGAGGGGCGCCACUCGUCGUUAGCCGAAGCGGGUUAGCGGGCUAGCCAGCUUUUGUAAUCCGCCGGCCGUACCAGAAUUCAGCUCUCGCACUCCAGGCCGAAAGCGGGUUUUAAGCGAGGCCGCUAAGGACAUACGGGUGCCGGAGGUAGCAGGAGGCUGGUUCUGGAGGUGCAGCCAGUGGACCAGACUCAAUGAGUUUCCAGCGAAAUGUCAGAGAAGUCAGGGCAGAGCAUCAAGGCAAAGGAUGGCAAAACCAAGUAUGCAACCCUUAGCCUCUUCAACACAUACAAAGGCAAAUCUCUGGAAACCCAAAAAACUGCUGUGGCUGCUAGACAUGGCCUCCAGAGUUUGGGCAAAGUUGCUGCCAGUCGGCGCAUGCCCCCUCCAGCAAACCUGCCCAGCCUGAAAGCAGAAAAUAAGGGAAACGACCCCAACGUCAACAUUGUCCCCAAAGACGGAAGCGGCUGGGCGUCCCGUGCCGAGGGAGGGGAGGAGAGGCAACAAGAAACUCCCCCACCUCAGAUUAAGCCUGUAGUGUCACAGGAGCCCCCUGCUGGUAGUAGCCGGUCCUGGGCAAACAACAAGCAGACACAGCCAGAUGGAUCCUUACGUGUGAGCAGCCAUUUUCACCAAGAGUUUCCCAGCCUGCAGGCAGCUGGUGAGGCUGAGAAAGGGGAUGGGCAAGAUGAGGAGCCUUAUGGACCAGGCCCUAGUCUCAGACCUCAAAAUGUUGGUAGUUGGCGUGAGGGUGGAGGCAGAAAUUUAAACACCGCUUCCAGUCCUACUGAGAUGGACAACAUGACUCAAGAGGAAGGAAGUACAAGUCAGGGUACUUCUGCCUCACCGGAAGAGCCUGAUGAUUCUGCUCCUACUGUAACCACUGACAGCCAAAGAGAGAAGGAGGGAAGAGAGAAAUUGCCCCCUUCCGGCCCUCCCCAGCCUAAACUCAAUGGGGGGCAACAGUCUCCAGCAGGGAUACCAACUCACUUCGACCCUGCUUUUAGAAGCAUGAUGCCACCUUAUAUGUUCCAUGCUUAUCCCCAAAUGACGGUUGGCCCAGGCCAAGGGAACCUCAGAUACCCUGUACCACAAGAAGGAGCAAAAGUUGUUCGUCCAGGACGCUCCCAGCAGCCCCCUCCUCAGUCUUGGCUCCAAGACCCUGACAGGCCGUCAAUCAUCAGUGCAACAGACCUCAAGGAGCUUGAUAACUUGGACACCGAUGGAGAUGAGGGCUGGGCAGGAGCUCAAAUGGAGGUAGAUUACACAGAGAAACUCAACUUCAGUGAUGAUGAAGAGAACCACGCUGCUAAGGAAAAAGCAGAAAACUGGGAGUGGGUGAGUAAGGUGGAUCACAUGAGGUCUCGUGCGCCAGAGAGUCAGGUGGCGUGGAAAGAGGGAUCUGAGGAACGUGGCAGCGGUAAAACACCAUGGGUUGACAGUGUGGACUCCAGAGUGGCAUCCCCUGGCAGUGUCACGCAGUACAACAAAUCAGUGGCUUCACAAGUUUACCAGACCAACAGCCGUUCUGCAGGGAAUGGAGCUCCGCGGGGAAACAAGCAACAAGCUGCAGGGCUGCUUGCUGCAGAAGAGGACCCAGACGCUUGGAGGCAGAAACGGAAGAAGCCGUCAGAUGUGUCUGAAGCUGUAGAACGAGCAAGGCGGCGAAGAGAAGAGGAAGAACGGCGCAUGGAGGAGCAGCGUCUUGCUGCUUGUGCUGAAAAACUCAAGCGUCUCAAUGAAAAACACAAGCAGGCGAACGAGGGCAAGCUUGCCUCUGCUCAGACUGCUAACAAUGAAGCAGAGGCUAGCCGAGAGGAAUCCUUACCAGCUUCUGCAUCCAGUCCUUUACCUUCAGCUACAGUUUCACAAUCACAGGCUCCAGUCAAGCCAGAAUGUUUACCUGACGGAAUGAAUGAAGAAAGGGAAAGGUUGGAGCGUGAACCAGAGAGAGUUACUGAGGAUGAGGCUCUGCUGCCUCCUCUGCCGAGCUCCCCUGCUUUAAGACCUGGGGCUUUGGAGUCCCAGGGCGACGUAGAGCCCCCCUUGAUUAAGCCUCAUCAGGUGGAGAUGGAGGAAUGCCAAACUGAUGGAACUACACCGGCACCCAUCCGCGACUACUUCAGUUUGGAGGAAAACAGAGUGGACGAGCCCCACGUGUCUCUGCCACACCUGGAAACUCCAAGUGGUGAAGAAAUCCCCCCACAGCUGGAAGGAGAGGCUGCCUCUGCUGUGCGUCCAUCUCUCAUCUCAGGCUAUUCCAAACAAUUUCAAAAAUCCUUGCCUCCCCGUUUCCUUAGGCAACAGGAACAAAUGAAGCAACAGCAAUGGCAACAGCAACAACAAGGUGGGGGCACUGCCCCCACGCCAGUUGGUGGAAGUGUCCCAGCCACCCAGCAGCAGCAGCAGCAACACCGGUCCAUGUAUCAACCCAUGGGCCCCCAUCCCCAGCACUUGGCCUCAAUGGGGUUUGACCCACGCUGGCUGAUGAUGCAGUCGUAUAUGGACCCCCGCAUGAUGUCAGGUCGACCCCCAAUGGACAUGCCAGCUAACAUGCACCCUGGGAGAAUGCCUUCAAAGCAGAUAGUGCGGAGAGAACCAGCUGACAACUCCAGCUCAAGUUCGGACUCAUUCGACCACUUGACCCGGCCGGUUCGUGACCAUGGCUUGCACUCAGACUCACGAAUGGUGUGGGGAUCUGACCCAUACCCACAGUCUGAGCCAUUACCUUCUGCAACAACCCCAAAAGGACGAGAUGAUAAUGAAGAACCAAGAGUGAGCUGUAGUUUGGAUCUGGACAGAGGUAUUUCAAAUCCCUAUACUCAGGAUCGCAAUACUCUGGAGCCUCACAAGAAGGACUUUUUUCAGGACCCUUCAGAGUCCCUGCAAACAUUUAAACAGGACCCAGACAGUGUUUCAGGACCUUUAGACAGGGUCCCAAGCAGUUCCAACUUUGAUCGAGCAGAAUCGGGCUUACCUAGUGGAGAAGUGGAAGCUCUUGGUAAAGCCAUCCUCCAGAGAAGUGUCUCGCAGGGCUCCAGCCAUUCCCUUAAGAUAGAUGAACCAAGGUUUGAUGGGCUACCUCUGUCAACAAAAUCAUUUGAGCUACAGGAUGCUGGAGAACUGAGUGAGAAACCCCAGAAUGAACUCUGUGCUCAGUCAGCCUUAACCAGCAAGAGUGCCACACUUCCUUCUGAUGGAUUACACAAACAAGAGAAGUUGCCUCUGCCAGCUCCUAGUAAGCAAAAAGCAGAGCUUCGUUGGGCUGGAAGAUCGGGGAUUGGACGCAGAGAAGGACUAGGGGGAGACAGGCCGAUUCGCAGGUCAGGGCCAAUAAAAAAACCUGUCCUAAGAGAUAUGAAAGAGGAGAGGGAGCAAAGAGAAGAAAGAGAGAAACGUCAUGAAAGGGGGGAACGAGGGGAUCGGUCGAAAAAAGACCAGUCAUCCAAAGUUACUAGUGCUGCUGCUUCUGCUGCUUCUGCUGUUGUGUCUGAAGGUUUUAAGUCUCACGGUGAAAGCAAGAAAGAAUCUACGGAGAUGGAAGACAUUCAGACAUCCCAUUCAAGAGCCAGAGAAUCCCAGCCUUCCUCGGGAGUGCCUACCUCUUCAUCGCAAGAGGAGAAAGUGGAAAAGCCCAGUGCUGACAAGCACCCAGAACCAAAGUUAGCUUCUCGAAAAGAGUCCAACCUGUCUUCACGGGUUUACAGGCGAGAGGAAAGAGAGAGGGAUCGGGACAGAAAUAGGGAGAAAGACAUGGACAAGGACAGGGAAAGAGAAUGGCCCACUGAUGCCAAUUUCAAGGGGCGUGGCAGAGGGGAGUAUUAUUCUAGAGGACGGAGCUUUCGAGGAUCUUAUAGUGGUCGAGGUAGAGGGAGUCGGGGACGAAGUCGGGCAGAGUUCUAUCGAGAGCCCAAAUUACGCUCAGAUCUGCCUUCUGUUGGAGGUGCUGCGGCCUUUCGCAACAGAGAAGAAAGCGAAACGCGCAGCGAAAGCUCAGAUUUUGAGGUUAUACCAAAACGGAGAAGGCGCCGGGGUUCUGACACUGAUUCUGAAAGUGAGGGUGGAAGGGAGUCUGCCAGCGACACGGGACCUUCUGACCGCGAGCCCAGCACCAAACCUAGUCGUCUAAUGAGGAGAGACCUUCCAGUUGACGGUCGUUCGGUGUCUCACAAGCCCAGCUUUGGGAUGCCCCACAUGGGAGAAAAGCUCGGGAUUAGAGGUGAAGAUGAAAGCAGGCCCAAGCCAGGAUUUCUUCCAAAGGGGGAGCCUUCUCGCAGGGGAAGAGGUGGAUUAUACAAUCGACGGGGUGGAACAAGGGAAAGGGGAGCCCCUCGGUCAGUCCCUCUCAGACGAUCAACACCAAGAGAUUGCGCUUUCCAGUGGCCCUCUAAACCUAUGGAAACAUUCAGGCCUGAGGAUGCCGAUUCUAUAUCAAAACAUGACAAUCUUGCCGACAGGCGCCCCCCUAAAACAGAGAGCAAGAAAUUAGGAGAAGGUGCUCCUCAUAGUAGAGAAAGGCCCCGUAGAGCCAGACCAGCUAGGCCCCCUAGGCAGGAUAAGCCUCCCCGCUUUAGACGUUUGAAGGAGCACGAGGCAGCAGUGAUGGCUUCUGGUGAGACAACAAAAAGUCCAGCCACCUCUUCGGUACCUACUGCAGCUGAGCCCGGUUUAACCCUAAUUCCUGUUUCCCCAACCAUUUCUCGAGCCCCCCCACCCGUGCCUGCCGACAUGGCCACAGCCGUACCUGUACCCGACCAGCCUUCUCCUUUAGAAGCAUCCUUAGCUGAGACCAGCAGUCCUGCCACUGGGGCAGUAGGUACCAAGUCCCCCGACUUGUCGAACCAGAACUCCUCCGACCAAGCAAAUGAGGAAUGGGAAACGGCUUCUGAGAGCAGUGAUUUCAAUGAAAGGAGGGAGCGAGAAGAAAAGAAAGGAGCCCUGGAGGCUGCUACUGAAGUAGCCUCGGCCUCCACCCCAGCACCUGCAUCUCCCCAGGGCUCCAUGACUCCCAAUAAAAGCUUUGCAGAUGGAGGUGCAACUCCAAAACGGGAAGGGUCCCAAGCAGCCAAGAGAAGUUUCUCAAGCCAGCGACCUACAGAGAGGCAGAAUCGCAGAGGCAACAGUGGAGCUAAACCAGGUCGCAGUUACGCUGGAGGCAAAGGAGAGAGGAGAGGAGGUGGAUCGAAAGCUGGUCGAAAAGGCCUUGCAGCCCAGCAGAACGUUGAUGCACCAGCAGCCGGAGGAGCAGCCCAGAAACUUGCUAAAGAGCAGUCUGCCCGUGGUAAAGACGAGGGCAAACUGGCCACCAAGAAGCCCAAGGAGAAUGCGCUUUCUCAGUUUGACCUCAACAACUAUGCCAGUGUUGUGAUUAUCGACGAUCACCCAGAAGUUACCACAGAUGACCCGCAGUCCAGCGCCAAUGACGAUGGCUUCACCGAAGUCGUCUCCCGCAAGCAGCAGAAACGCCUGCAGGACGAGGAGAAACGGAAAAAAGAAGAGCAGACUACUCAGAACUGGGGUAAAAAAGGCUCUGGUGAAAAGAGCAGAGGAAGUGGAGGAAAACUGCCCCCAAGAUUUGCCAAAAAGCAGUCGUCUCAACAGCAGCAUCAUCAUCAGCAGCAGCAGCAGCAGCAGCCGCCGCCGCCACAGGCCUCGCAGUCUCAGCCUCCUGUCACUGCUGCCCCAACUUCCCAGCAACAUUCUCACACUGCCCCCUCCCAGCCCACUUUGGCUUCGCUGGAAGGAGCCACAGCUCCCAUCUCAUCCAUCCCCCCUGGUACUGUGGACGCCCCCUCAAAGAGCCUCGCCCUGGCCCCCACGCAGACCCACAGCACUUUGGGCACCGAGCUGUGGGAAAACAAAGCAGCAGGCUCCUCUGUUCUUCCUGAUGUUAAGAAGCUUGGUCCCAUCAGCCCUCUGCAGCCCCCGUCAGUGAGUGCUUGGAACAAACCUUUAACCUCCUUUACUGCUGCGACCUCUGCUGAGGGCCUAAAACCUGGAGUUGACGCCAGUGCAGAUUUGGGAAUAGACGCCAUCCAGUUUGGAGCACCGUCAUCUGCAGGCAGCACCGACAGUGAUGGAGGCCCGGCGUUGUUGGAAAGUGUCCCUGAAAUCAAACUGCCGGCUCCCAAAGAACAAAGACAGAAACAAACUCGAGCCGGUCCAAUCAAAACACAGAAGCUGCCUGAGAUGGAACCGGUAGAAACCAAGGAGUACAAACCGGGCCCUAUUGGUAAAGAGCGCUCCUUAAAAAACCGCAAAGCCAAAGACGCUCGUGGAGCCGAGGGAGAAGCGCUGGAGGGCGGGGUUUCAGCUGGAAGUGCCACCAGAACCGCUGACCCCAGUCCUCCUUCCAGUGACACUGUAGUACCUGAACUGGGAGGAGAGAUGGAGGGAAUGAUUACAGUACCUUCAGCAGAGUACAGCACUAACUCGAAGGAAUCUGUGAUGGACUAUACCACACCCUCCUCCUCCCUAGCUGACAGUGUUCCUACUGGAGGGAACAAAAUGGAGGAGAGUUUAGUGGCCAACGUGGCUCUUCCUCAUUCCUUGCCUCUUCCUCGCCGAGAAUCCCUGCAGCAGAGCUCCAGCCUCAGCACAGUUUCCACCGCCACUGCUGACUUAACGUUGAAGAUGGAGUCGGCCCGUAAGGCUUGGGAAAACUCCCCGAGUCUGGAAAAGAAUUCUCCUGUCACCUCCUCGUCUUCUCCCAUCACCUCCUGUGCGUCUUCAUACUCUUUUUCCUCGACUUCCAUGCCACAGAUCCCUGUGGCUUCUGUAACCCCGAGCACCUCCCUGCAAGCAGGUUCUGGCACCUACACAACACCCUCCCACAGCACCAAGACCACCUCCGCCUCUGACCCCCCUAACAUCUGCAAGGUGAAGCCCCAGCAGCUUCAGGGUGGGGGUCUGACAGCCUCCGCCGGUGGCACCAACAGCGCCAGCAGCUUCUCCCAGCUCAGCUGUGUGCCCCCCCUCCUUCCACAGCAGCAGACUCCCCAGGUCUACGUCUCUCAGUCUGCAGCAGGUUCUGCAGCUCAAAUUCCAGCGUUUUACAUGGACACCAGCCACCUUUUCAGCACCCCUCACCAUCGUCUGGCCCCUCCCUCUCUAGCACAGCAGCAAGCCUUUCAGCCUGGCCUUUCACAGCCGACCGCCGUGCAGCAGAUUCCCAUCCCCAUCUACGCGUCAAUGCAGGGCCAGCCCCAGCACACACACCAGGCUCAGCUGGGGCUCAGCACCGGGCCCCCGGUGUCUCAACCACAGGACCUGUUCAGCUCUUCGCUGCAGCCUUACAGGUCCCAGCAGGCGUUUAUGCAGAGCAGCCUGUCCCAGCCCUCCAUGAUGCUGUCAGGGCCGUCCCUGCACAGUUAUCCUGGCGUUCAAGGCCCCGACCUGGGAAAGGCGCAGUCCAGCCUGGCCUAUCAGCAGCCUUCCUCCACUCAACACAUUCCCAUACUGUUUGAACCACAGCUCAACCAGCCCUCUGGUAUGGGAGCCUCCCAGCUGAUGGACACUCACCUGCUGCAGGCUCGACAGAGCAUCAGUCAACACUCAAACUUGUACUCAGGACAAGUACAACAGCAUGGACAAAGCAGCUACUACAGCAGCACUCAGUCACCCAGUUCUGCUAUGCAGCAGGCAAGGACUCAACGAUAUGUAACGGUUCCACUGCCAGGUUCCCAGUUGUCCAUGCCAAACUUCGGCUCGGGUGGGGGCCAGCCCCUCUUAGCCCUGCCCCCCACCCCUCCUCAACCCCAGCCCCCCAAUCUCAAUCGACAGCCCCCAGCUUCUCAGGCGUACAGGGGGAUGAUGGGCCCUAACCACAGCCUGAUGCAGCCUCCAAGCAGCAAGAUGGACAUGGAUCUGAAGCUCUUUGGCAGCGGGAUGGAUGUGAAGCCUGGAACUCCUCCAGUCAGCGGCAGGAGCACAACACCCACCUCCAGCCCAUACAGGGCCAGCUCCACCUCCCCCAGCAGUCAGUCCAGCAAAAUGAACAGCCUGCUGUACCAGAAGCAGUUCCAGCCCAGCUCUGCUGGCCUCAGAAUGACACAGCACUUCCCUGGACAGUUCAACCCGCAGAUUUUAUCUCAGCCCAGCAUGGUUUCUCCUGUGAUUCGCACUCCUCGUGCUACAUCCUACGGGGGGGGUGUCCAGCGUUCUCCCAUGGGACCUUCGCUCAAUGUGGGCGCUGGUCUCAUGCCCCACCCUCGACCCCAGCAUCCACAACACGGCCUGCACCCACCCCGAGGCCCCCCUGGUCCUUCCCUCACUGCCAGGGCCACCCAGGCAGCUCUGAAGGCUGAGCAAGACCUGAAGGCCAAGCAGCGAGCUGAGGUGCUCCAGUCCACUCACAAGUUUUUCUCGGAACAGCAGCAGCAGCAGAUGAAGCCCCCCCAAGUUGGCAAACCUCCUCGACUCGACCAAGGAGGAAAACCAGCUCUGGACACGUCGGGCUCAAACCACCAGACGGGAGCUGAACGCCCCGAUGCCGACAAGCCCCCCCUCUCUACAACCAAGCCCAUUCGGACUGGUCCCAUUAAGCCACAGGCCAUCAAACCAGAAGAGGGCAAAUAAAGAGCUGGAGGCCUCUUCUGGUCCCAGAAUCCAUGCUGAUCUAGUGGUUUAGGCCUCUUGUUAAACCUGGAGAAGAGUGGAGGAGGAAGAAGCAGAAGACGGUGACGCUGCCGUCGUCUGCUGCGUAAUCUCUCAUCACUGCAGGUGUGGGGGGGUCGUUCGAGGUGGAUUUUUUUUUUUUUUUUUUUCAUGGCUCGAUGCUGAUUUUAAAAAAAGAUCCACAGGUUUGACAGAUAUGUAAUUCCAAAAGAACAUUGGAGGUUUGCUGUUGUUCUGUUGGAACUGUUUUUUUGUUUUUCAACUUUUUCCUGCAAGUGACGUCACAAACAUGAAUGGAGACGUUUGAGUUCAGUAUUCUUCUUUUCCUGAAGGAGAUGUUAGUGAAACAGACUUUACCCUCCUAAUUAGUGCAUAGAAUGUGCCGUUGCUCCUGUUCAGCCGUUCCAUCCAUGGACUGGCGCACGCAGACACCAAACCACAAAAGAAAAUGUGACAAUAGCAGCAUUUGACUGACUGACUGACUGACUGGUCUGCCUGUGGGCCUUCGCUCCUGCCUUCUGCUCUCGUUUCCUCGCCUGCAGUCGUCUGCGUGUCGGGUGUGUGUGUUCGUACACGGCUUGUUUGUCUCGAGCCAAAGGGUUAAGGCGACGGCCUCCUUGAGCUGCUGUCAAACCAACGCCGAUGCUUUGAGUGGACUCUGAGGCUUGCAUGGAUGAUGUCAGAUCACUGUUUUACACCCGGUUCAGUAUCAGAGCAACACGCCCACCCAUCCGGCUUUCACACACGCCUGACUAUAUGAAGCUCCCAGACCUGCUGCUUAGAACGGUUUCAGCGCCCUUAGCUAGUAUUUCAUGGCAGGACGAGAUUUGAAAGAAGUCAAACGGUUGAGGGUCUUUGCUGACUUUCACUGAAAAAGCAAACGAGUUAAGGACAAAGAAAAUCCGAAAUCUCAAGUCCUGAAGGACACUUCUCUGCUGGCCCCUCCCACAACGCUCUCGUCUUAGGUCGCUGAUGAGAAACCUUAAGAAUUGUACAGUAGUAUACACCCUGAGGUGGGGAGGGAUUCCCCUCACAUCUGCCCACGCUGGGGGAGACUCCUUCGUCGGGAGGAUGACAGAAGAGGAGGCGUAAUGACCUAUUGUUUUUGUUGUACAGGGGUUUCAUCACUGUAUUAAAUAUGUACUGUAUUAUUUACAUUCUCUUGGUUUGGUUACAGAAACUAAUAAAAAAUAAUAUACUGUUUCA